AGCCCCUCCCAUUCAUCCUGGAGAGGCGGGGGGGACGCCAAGAAGACGGGGGCCUUUACUCCAGCCUACUCUCACUUCAGCUACGUAGGGGUCAACAGAGGAUUCCUAAAGGGCUGCUACGGUUCCAGACACACCGUCUGUUCCCGCCAAAGUCCGGGGGGAUCCGGAAGCGCCAACAUUCUCCGCUUGGCGCCCCCCACACACACCCAAGAUGGUUGGAUCCUGAGGCCCCGCCCCCUCAGCCGCCCUACCUGCUCUCGGUCCUCUGCGGCGCGAGCCCCCAAGUCCUGCUCGCUUUCCCCCAGCUCAUCGGCCUCCUCCUGCCGCCUUUCUACCUGGCCCACCUCUAGGCGAUCCCCGACUCCCUUCUUCAUGGCGUCGCUUCUGUGCUGUGGGCCCAAGCUGGCCGCCUGCGGCAUCGUCCUUAGCGCCUGGGGAGUGAUCAUGUUGAUAAUGCUCGGAAUCUUUUUCAAUGUCCACUCUGCUGUGCUCAUUGAAGACGUUCCUUUCACGGAGAAAGAUUUUGAGAAUGGCCCCCAGGACAUAUACAAGCUCUACGAGCAAGUCAGCUACAACUGUUUCAUCGCCGCGGGCCUUUACCUUCUCCUCGGAGGCUUCUCUUUCUGCCAAGUUCGGCUCAAUAAGCGCAAGGAAUAUAUGGUGCGCUAGAGCACCACUGCGUUUCCCCGCUCCAGCCCCCUCUUCUAUUUAAAGACCACCCGGUCAACCCCGCCCCCGCCCCGCCCCGCCCAUUCUGGAGCCCUCUGCGGACUGGGUUUCCCUGGCUAGAGAUGGAAUCCCUUGUUCACCAACCUCGGGAGACUGCCCCCAGUGGAGGGAGGCUAGGGCUGGCCGUCCCCUAUCCCUCUGGCCCUCUUGCCAUGUCCGGUUCCACAAUAAAAGAGAAACUGCUCUCUGAA